AUUUGCAGUUUUGAAAUGGUUAUUGAUAAGUGCGAAGCAAAAGAGUGUAACAGUGAUUUAAGUUGUUAAGACUUUUAAUAAUUUAUGUUAAAUUGUUAUUUGUUUUUAAAAUCACAUUUAUUCACUGAGAUUAUAAGAAUAUUUAUGGAAAUAUUAGUUUUUGACGGAUGUACCUAAAACCAGGAUAUUAGCAAAAUUGUCAAAAGUACAUGGAGUCAUUAUAUUUAUUAGCAAACCAUCUUAAAAAAUACAUCAUCACGCAGCAGCUCGAGAGAUUCAGUUCAGUAACUUUGAAGAUAAUCACCUUUGUUGACGUCUACCAUAUUGAAAGUCCCGGGAAUAAUGGCUCUUGACUUUAUUGCUGGAUGCAUAGGAGGAUGCGCUGGUGUGAUUGUCGGCCAUCCUCUGGAUACCAUAAAAGUUUGUCUUCAAACCCAAGACUCGAAAAAUCCCAAAUAUAGUGGAACCUUUCAAUGUUUGCGAUCAAUAUUUGCCAAAGAAGGAAUGAGAGGGUUGUUCAAAGGGGUUACUAGCCCACUUGUAGGUGUAGCUGGAAUUAACGCCAUUGUAUUUGGGGUUUAUGGAAAUACCCAAAGAUGUAUGAAAGAUCCUGAGUCACUAGUUUCACAUGGAAUAGCCGGAGCUUUGGCAGGAUUUGUGCAGAGUUUUAUUUGUAGUCCAAUGGAAUUGGCGAAAUCUACCAUGCAGGUUGGCAACAUUCAUAGUAAAGAUCCAUUGGAUUGCCUUAAGUUUAUAUACAAGAACAAAGGAAUUAGUGGCUUAUUUAGGGGUCUAAACUUAACAAUACUGCGAGAAGUCCCUGCAUUUAGUACUUAUUUUUUGACGUACGAAUUGCUAACUCGAAGAAAUGACGAUUUACCUGUGUCAACUUUCUCCAUGUUGAUGGGGGGAGGCAUGGCAGGUGUGAUGUCUUGGGCUCUCGUCUAUCCAGUCGAUGUUCUUAAGUCCAGAUUUCAAAUUGACGGCAUUACCUCAACAAAAUACUUAAGUUCCUAUGACUGCCUGGUAAAAAGCGUUAGAGCUGAAGGAGUCUCCUGUCUAUUCCAAGGAAUCACUCCUACCCUUAUAAGGGCCUUUCCAGUAAAUGCCGUGACUUUUACAGUCGUUACGUGGUCAAUGAAGUUGCUUGAAGAUGUCAAUAUUAAUCAACAAGUUCGAAACAGCGAAGUCAUGAUCGGGAAAUGCGCUGACGCGAUGAGCAUGUCGACAGUUGAACAAGUCAUUGUCGCUAUCAUUUAAACUUUAGAAUUAUAUAGAGCGCGUCUUUUUGUUAAACAUAUUAUAAUAUUUUAUAUUAAAGUAUUACAUUACUCGUAUUAUGAAUCCCUGUACAUAAGUUUAUUUAUUAUUUAAUUAUAGUGUAAUAACAAAUUAUUCAUUUUAUUCAAAAAUAAAGUAAGUUUUCCAUUAUUUA